AUGUAUUCCGACUGUGUCGCCUCCUCGUCGCGACAUCCCCUUCACAGUCCCUCGGGGCCACCCAACCACUCAUUCUCCUUCCCAACAUCAAGCAUCCGCAAUGAAACUAGAUUCAUCCAGCAAGCCACCACCCUUCCGUCUUCAUCAUACAACACGCCUUCCACUCCCACCACACCUGCUCCCCCCCGCACAACUUUUUCAACGGCGGUGCCACAGCGAGUUCAAGUCUCGCCUGGUCUCUGGUUCGACGGGCAGCGUACCGUCCUUUGCGCUGCUCUACCAGAGGUGCAGCGAGUUCUCGCCACCGCGAGAAACACUCUAAAGCUGUCCCCCACAUCCUCAGACGUCGUCUUUGCUCUAGCUGCAUUGCACGUCUUUUAUUCCCCGGGCGAUCCAGCUCAUUGGCUGUUUUGGAGUGAUGAGCAGAAGAAUAAGACUGCAGAAGUCGUUACCCGCAUCUCAUGCAAGUCAAACAGUCUUAUCGCAUCAUCUGUGCAUAACCCCCCUUUGAUAACAUCUCCCGUCGCAUGGAACGGUACACCCGAGUACCUCUCAAUUCUGGCUAACCACCACGGACCCACCUGGCGGCAUGUUUUCGAGCCUAAGCCGUGGUUUACCAUCAUUGUUCCACCGAAAGCACCUACUCCCGUCAGGGUGCCCAAUCUCCGAAAGCGCAAGGUUGCACCAGGCGCAUUCCGCGAGCAAUCGAAAUCUCCGGCUAUCGAUGAGAGUGAGGAGGGGGACGAACCACCUCCCAAGAGGGUUAGGACAACCCGUCAGGUCACACCAGACAGGGCUGACUCUGCGGGAUGCGCCAAUGCGUUCGUAGAGGAAGAGAGUGCUCCAGUGAGACCAAGUCGAGCGAAGGCAAGGUCAAAAGUAUCCACAGCCACUUCAACGACUCAUCCACUGCUCGAUCAGAGUCAGGACUUUGCACCAGCAACUCUUCCCGACGCGAUGGUCGAAGAUGACCCGCCCAUUGACGAAUUGCCAGCUACAAAACGAGCCAGUACCCGUAAGCGGCGCAAAAUCAGCCCUGCAUCCCGGUACCCACACGCCAUCAUCUCUUCCAGAGAAACGUCCUCUUCCCUGGGAGAAACUCUCAUUCCCUCAAAUACGUCUCAUUCUUCUUCUCCUCCUCCAACGCAUUCCCGAAAUCGAUCAACCUCAGAGGCGUCCGCAAAGACGGCCGUUGAAUCGGAUGAAAGGCGAUCAAUGUCUGUUUUAUCAUCGGAAACGGCAGUGGAAGCGUUGAGCUCCAAGAAGAGGAAGCCAACUGCAUCCGUAAGUGAAGAAGCGAAAGAACUGGAUGAAGGGACGCCGCCAGUGGACGCUGAGGAGGGGAUGGUGACUCGCGGUCGAGCUUUACGCGCUCGGCCCAAGAUCACACACGUGGAUCCGUUGCUCGAGGCGGCGUGUGGAGUGACGAAACUCGACAAAGCUGCCACUGCUAAAGCGCCGCGGGCACGAAGGAUAAAGGAAUUUUUAGGAUUUGAAGCGACUGGAUAUAAUUAUCGCUGGAACUCUUUCUUACGCGUGAAUAUCUCCGAUUUUGUCUGGAAAAGGCACCAAGCGCCUCAUAUGUCUCCUUGGACCAAUGAGCAUCGAGCACCGCCAACGUGGAGAUAUCGCCGACCUACUUGCACUUCCGACUUCGUUUCCUCCACACACACGUCAAAGCGAACUCCAUGUACUCACGCCGCUAAGGUCGCUUCCCCUGUGGCUGAACCAUAUGACGCAUUCUUAGUGGUCGAGAGUCUGUCAGGUGCGCUUCAGUUCCAGGACAGCCGUCAACUUGCGCGUUACGACAGACUUCAGUCCUCGAAUGCCGACGCGAGUGCCGACGCGUUGAAGCGCAACUCAUGUACUUAUGAAAAGUUUUUCUAUCUUUCCAUCUGGAUUCAGACUUCCGGCGUUGGUGAUAGGCCUGCACGCUUUUCGUUCUCGAUGAGGUGCAAUGGACCUUGCAGAACCACACAAGUGUUAUCUAUCUCUUCUCUGCACAACUUUAAGGAUUUGGAUGACCGUCUUUGGAUUGAGGAACUCGGCGCCGUCUAUACCGGAGUGGACUCCAAGCCUGAGUUGGACUCCGGGACUUCACCUCCGGUUUCAGGCAAUGGGAUGCCCUUGAUUAACUGAAGCUAUUUUGUUUCCGGAAUCUACUAUGCGCGGUUCGUGACUCCCGAAUGGCCAUCUUCUUCGA